CCGAGCGCCAGCUUCUCCGACGCCGGGAAGCCCCUGUCGCCGCCGCUACCUCUGUCACCGCCACCUCAGAUCCCUUCAUGAGGCUGUGAACUUGGAGGCCGAGCAUGCGGACCAGGCUUCCCCCAGCGCUCGCCGCCCUGGGCGCGGCCCUGCUCCUGUCUUCUAUUGAGGCAGAAGUUGACCCACCUUCAGACUUGAAUUUUAAAAUUAUAGAUGAAAAUACUGUUCAUAUGUCAUGGGCAAGACCAGUUGAUCCAAUUGUGGGUUACAGAAUAACAGUGGACCCUACAACAGAUGGGCCAACUAAAGAAUUUACCCUUGCAGCUAGUACCACUGAAACUUUAUUAUCAGACCUUAUACCUGAAGUAGAGUAUGUGGUGACAAUAACUUCAUAUGAUGAAGUAGAAGAAAGUGUUCCAGUUAUAGGCCAACUAACAAUUCAAACAGGUGGUCCGACAAAGCCAGGGGAAAAGAAGCCUGGAAAAACAGAGAUACAAAAAUGCUCUGUCAGUGCCUGGACUGAUUUAGUUUUCCUUGUGGAUGGCUCGUGGAGUGUGGGAAGAAAUAAUUUCAAGUACAUUUUAGACUUUAUUGCUGCUCUUGUGUCUGCUUUUGAUAUUGGGGAAGAGAAGACAAGAGUUGGAGUUAUUCAGUACAGCUCUGAUACCAGGACUGAAUUUAACUUAAAUCAGUACUACCAAAGGGAUGAGCUUCUUGCUGCAAUUAAAAAAAUCCCGUAUAAAGGUGGCAACACAAUGACAGGGGAUGCCAUUGAUUACUUAGUUAAAAAUACUUUUACGGAAUCUGCUGGAGCAAGAGUUGGUUUUCCUAAAGUGGCAAUUAUUAUUACGGAUGGCAAAUCUCAGGACGAAGUGGAAAUUCCAGCAAGAGAGCUUCGAAAUGUUGGGGUUGAAGUUUUCUCUUUGGGCAUUAAAGCUGCAGAUGCAAAAGAGCUCAAACUAAUUGCCUCUACACCUUCACUAAACCAUGUUUUCAAUGUGGCCAACUUCGAUGCAAUUGUGGAUAUUCAGAAUGAGAUCAUCUCCCAGGUGUGCUCAGGUGUUGAUGAACAACUCGGUGAAUUGGUUAGUGGAGAAGAAGUUGUUGAGCCUCCUUCAAAUUUGAUAGCCACGGAAAUCUCAUCAAAAUACAUUAAGCUAAGCUGGAGUCCAUCUCCUAGCCCAGUGACUGGCUAUAAAGUCCUCCUCACACCAAUGACCAUAGGAAGCCGACACCAUGCUCUGAGUGUGGGGCCUCAGACGACCACACUCAGUAUUCGUGACCUCUCAGCGGACACAGAAUAUCAGAUCAGUGUUUCUGCCAUGAAGGGAGUGACAUCCAGUGAACCUGUUUCAAUAAUGGAGAAGACUCAACCAAUGAAAGUUCAAGUGGAAUGCUCACGUGGAGUGGAUAUAAAAGCCGAUAUUGUGUUUUUGGUUGAUGGUUCCUAUAGCAUUGGGAUUGCAAACUUUGUUAAAGUUAGAGCCUUUUUGGAAGUUCUUGUAAAAAGUUUUGACAUCUCACCAAAUAGGGUUCAGAUAAGUCUUGUCCAGUACAGCCGGGAUCCUCAUACUGAAUUCUCUUUGAAAAAAUUCACCAAAGUUGAAGAUAUACUUGAAGCAAUAAACACCUUCCCCUACAGAGGAGGAUCUACCAACACUGGCAAAGCAAUGACGUAUGUCAGAGAGAAAAUAUUUGUGCCUGGCAAGGGUUCAAGAAGCAAUGUACCAAAGGUCAUGAUUCUUAUUACUGAUGGAAAAUCAUCAGAUGCUUUCAGAGAUCCUGCUAUAAAACUAAGGAAUUCAGAUGUUGAAAUCUUUGCAGUUGGUGUAAAGGAUGCGGUUCGCUCAGAAUUAGAAGCUAUUGCCUCUCCUCCUGCUGAGACCCAUGUGUUCACAGUGGAAGAUUUUGAUGCUUUUCAGAGGAUAUCUUUUGAACUUACCCAGUCUAUCUGCCUUAGAAUUGAGCAAGAAUUGGCAGCUAUAAAGAAGAAAGCUUAUGUGCCUCCAAGGAAUCUUAGUUUUUCUGAGGUGACUUCUUACAGUUUCAAAGCCAACUGGUCUCCUGCUGGAGAAAAUGUUUUUUCAUAUCACAUCACUUACAAGGAAGCUGCUGGGGAUGAAGAGGUCACAGUGGUGGAGCCAGCAUCAAGCACCAGUGUUGUUCUCAGCAGCCUGAAGCCAGAGACCCUCUACUUGGUCAAUGUGACUGCAGAGUACGAGGACGGUUUCAGCAUUCCCUUAGCUGGAGAAGAGGCCACCGAAGAAGUUAGAGGGAAUCCAAGAGACUUAAGAGUUUCUGACCCUACAACAUCAACUAUGAAAUUAUCUUGGAGUGGGGCUCCGGGAAAAGUGAAACAGUAUCUCGUCACGUACACCCCAGUGGCAGGAGGGGAAACUCAAGAGAUCACUGUGAGUGGAGAUACAACCAAUAUCGUGCUGAGGGGAUUAAAGGAAGGGACACAAUAUGCCUUGUCUGUGUCAGCCUUGUAUGCAUCUGGGGCUGGAGAUGCCCUUCUUGGAGAAGGAACAACGCUUGAAGAACGUGGUUCACCUCGAGAUUUAGUUACUAAAGACAUCACUGACACGUCAAUUGGGGCUUAUUGGACAUCUGCUCCAGGAAUGGUUCGUGGUUACAGGGUCUCAUGGAAAUCGCUUUAUGAUGACAUUGAGGCUGGAGAGAAAAAUCUUCCAGGAGAUGCAAUUUAUACUAUGAUAGAAAAUCUGCAGCCAGAGACCAAAUACAAAAUUUCAGUAUUUGCAGCUUACAGCAGUGGGGAAGGAGAACCUGUGACCGGAGAAGCCACAACUGAAUUAUCUCAAGAUUCUAAAAUCUUGAAAGUGGAUGAAGAAACAGAAAGCACAAUGAGAGUUACGUGGAAACCAGCACCGGGAAAAGUCGUCAACUACCGAGUUGUAUAUCGCCCCCGUGGUGGAGGGAGACAAAUGGUUGCUAAAGUGCCGCCCACAGUCACUUCCACAGUAUUAAAGCGACUUCAGCCACAGACCACAUAUAACAUCACAGUUCUCCCAAUUUACAAGACAGGAGAAGGAAAGCUUAGGCAAGGAUCAGGAACAACAGCUUCUCGAUUUAAGUCACCCAGAAACCUCAAAACAUCUGACCCAACCAUGUCAAGCUUUCGAGUGACGUGGGAACCUGCCCCGGGGGAAGUGAAAGGUUAUAAAGUCACAUUUCACCCUACAGAGGAUGAUGGAAGACUGGGGGAGUUAGUGGUGGGACCGUAUGACAACACAGUUGUUUUGGAGGAACUUAGGGCAGGUACCACCUAUAAAGUGAAUGUUUUUGGAAUGUUUGAUGGAGGAGAAAGUUCACCACUGGUUGGGCAAGAAAUGACAACCCUUUCUGACACAACUGUAAUGCCAAUUUUAUCUUCUGGGAUGGAGUGUCUCACCAGAGCUGAAGCGGACAUUGUGUUGCUGGUGGAUGGAUCAUGGAGCAUUGGCCGGGCAAAUUUUAGAACUGUGAGGAGUUUCAUUUCUCGUAUUGUGGAAGUCUUUGAGAUUGGCCCCAAAAGAGUACAGAUUGCCCUUGCUCAGUAUAGCGGGGACCCCAGAACAGAGUGGCAGUUAAAUGCUCACAGAGACAAGAAGAGCUUGCUGCAAGCUGUGGCAAACUUACCAUACAAAGGAGGCAACACUCUCACAGGCAUGGCUUUGAAUUUCAUUCGCCAACAGAGCUUCAAGACCCAAGCUGGCAUGAGGCCUCGAGCUCGAAAAAUUGGUGUCCUCAUUACUGAUGGAAAAUCACAAGAUGAUGUUGAGGCACCUUCAAAGAAACUCAAAGAUGAAGGCGUGGAGCUGUUUGCUGUCGGUAUUAAAAAUGCUGAUGAGGUCGAGUUAAAGAUGAUUGCAACUGAUCCUGACGAUAUCCAUGCAUACAAUGUGGCAGAUUUUGAGUCACUCUCCAGGAUUGUGGAUGAUCUCACCACUAACUUGUGUAACAGUGUCAAAGGUCCAGGUGACUUGGAAGCACCUUCUAACUUAGUUAUUUCUGAGCGAACUCAUCGUUCUUUUAGAGUGAGGUGGACACCUCCUUCUGACAGUGUGGAUAGAUAUAAGGUGGAAUACUACCCGGUGUCGGGAGGAAAACGUCAAGAAUUUUAUGUGAGUCGACUGGAAACUAGCACAGUGCUGAAAGAUCUGAUGCCUGAAACUGAGUAUGUUGUUAAUGUGUAUUCUGUGGUAGAAGAUGAAUAUAGUGAGCCUCUGAAGGGCACAGAAAAAACCUUGCCAGUCCCUGUAGUCAGUCUCAACAUUUAUGAUGUUGGCCCUACCGCCAUGCACGUGCAGUGGCAGCCAGUGGGAGGAGCUACCGGCUACAACUUGUCAUAUGAACCUGUUAAGGGCACAGAAUCCACAAAACCCAAAGAGAUGCGUGUGGGGCCAACUGUGAAUGAUAUGCAGCUGACUGACCUCCUGCCCAACACUGAGUAUGCCAUCACGGUCCAGGCUGCCCUGCACGACCUCACUAGUGAACCUGUCACGGCUCGGGAAUUUACCUUGCCUCUACCCAGACCUGAAGAUCUGAAACUCAGAGAUGUGACUCACAGCACCAUGAACGUCUUUUGGGAACCUGUGCCUGGAAAAGUGCGUAAAUAUAUUGUUCGAUACAAAACACCGGAAGAGGAUGUGAAAGAGGUAGAGGUGGACAGAUCACGAGCCAGUACCUCCCUCAGAGACCUCUCCUCACAAACCCUAUACACAGUCAGCGUUUCUGCAGUAUAUGAUGAAGGGGAAUCUCCUCCGGUGUCUGCUCAGGAAACUACACGACCUGUGCCAGCCCCAACAAACCUAAGGAUUACUGAAGUAACACCAGAGAGUUUCAGAGGAACUUGGGAUCAUGGAGCUUCAGAUGUAUCUCUCUACAGAAUAACCUGGGCACCUUUUGGAAGCUCAGAUAAGAUGGAGACCAUAUUAAAUGGAGAUGAAAAUACUUUGGCAUUUGAAAACCUGAACCCCAACACUCUCUAUGAAGUUUCCGUUACUGCCAUCUAUCCUGAUGAAUCAGAAAGUGAUGACCUGACUGGCAGUGAGCGCACAUUGCGUUUGAUACCCUUAACAACCCAAGCUCCAAAAAGUGGCCCACGAAACCUCCAAGUGUACAAUGCAACAUCUAACAGCUUGACUGUUAAGUGGGAUCCUGCUAGUGGUCGUGUGCAGAAAUACAGAAUCACCUAUCAGCCUUCAGCAGGGGAAGGCAAUGAACAAAUGACCACAAUAGGAGGACGGCAGAACAGUGUGGUCCUGCAGAAACUGAAGCCUGACACUCCUUACACAAUCACUGUAUCCUCCCUGUAUCCUGAUGGUGAAGGAGGGCGGAUGACGGGAAGAGGCAAGACCAAACCUCUGAAUACUGUGAAGAACCUGAGAGUGUAUGACCCUUCUACAAGCACUUUGAAUGUUCGCUGGGACCAUGCAGAGGGAAAUCCUCGCCAGUACAAGCUUUUCUAUGCACCAACAGCUAGUGGUCCAGAGGAACUGGUACCGAUCCCUGGGAAUACCAAUUAUGCCAUUCUUAGGAAUCUGCAGCCAGAUACCCCAUACACGGUUACAGUAGUUCCCGUUUAUACUGAAGGUGAUGGGGGACGCACAUCAGAUACUGGAAGGACAU